UGCUCCAGCUCAUCCCAGCCUGGCGUGGGACAGGGAAGAGAAAUGGCUGCAGUGGAGUCAGUCCAGGGGCUGGUGACCUUCAAGGAGAUGGCUAUGUAUUUCACCAGGGAAGAGUGGGCUCUGCUGGACCCCACUCAGAGAGCCCUCUACUGGGAUGUCAUGCAGGAGAACUAUGAGACUGUGACCUCGCUGGGCCAGAGAAUAACAUCCAUGUUUCGCUGCAGAUCAUCUCGUCCUCCCAGGGGCAAGGAAAUGGCUGCAAUGGAGCUGGCUCAGGGGCCGGUGACCUUCGAGGAGGUGGCUGUGUAUUUCUCCAGGGAAGAGGGGACUCUGCUGGACCCCACUCAGAGAGCCCUCUACAGAGAUGUCAUGCAGGGGAACUAUGAGACGAUGGUCUUGCUGGGUAAGGAUUCCUGUCCCUUCUGUUCUUGGAAGGGGAAAUGAAGAGUGAAGGUUCAUGCCACCCCCACAAUGCCAUCUGUACCCUGUCCUGUUUCAGCAUCACCCCAAUAGGCCAGUAACAUACAUACUACCAGAGACCCUCCUCUGCUGCAGAACACUUUGGGAACAGAGCACAGGAGCAGCAUCACACAAUGUCAAAUAUCUCCUCUUUACUCAAGUAAAACUGGGGUUAGGUCCAGCAUAAUGAACAGAAGCUUCCUACCCCCAGCCUUCUCUCAAACCCUGAGCCUUCUCUACCCAAACCAGAAUGUGCUUGGGGUGUAACAAGCAGGCGGCUGGAGUCAGAGCUGCCAGUCCAGGGUUACUUAUCAUACAGACACUCAGUGCGUCCUUGAACGCUGGCUGGGAGUAUCCAGACAGGGGAGCUCCAGCAGCAGAACACUGAAUCUCACCCAGGAUUACAGAUGACACAACUCCUCGCUGAUCUGGAUUGCACCCCAGCAUGUGAAAAUGGCCUAGGUUGGUAGUGACAUUUCUUGAGACAUGGAGAGUCUUGCUCCCAUAUCACCAGGUGUAAUAAAAAUAACAGGAAAGGCCAAAUAUGGAAAACUGAUUGUUCAGCUUGCUUUUGACCUGCAUCAUAUUUUGCAAUAUAUUCCA